ACGAGUGCGUUGCGGGCUGUUGGUGGCAGAAGCAGCGAGAGCGAGUGUGUGUAGGUUGGUGGGCAGCGCGGCGUUAGCUGGAGCGCGGCUGCACCCCGGGGCCAUUGGGUUGGCAGAGUGUCCGUACCUGGUGGAUUGGACAGGAAAGUCUUUCGAAAGAAAUUCCAAUUUAGGCUGAGCUCAUGUUAACAGAAACAGGGAGACAUUCCUUUACAGCCAGAUCAAUACUGAAUUAGCAACCGUUGCUACGAUGAGGUUGACCUUUAUUACUACCAGCAUUGUCGCAUUUGUGGCUAUUCAGGCACUGGCUUUUUUUUUCCUGUACUCCAGACAAAAUGUUGCUAUAUAUCCAUCUAAUGAACAGGAUAGCAAAGUUCACAUCCUUAUUCUUUCUUCCUGGAGAUCGGGCUCUUCCUUUGUAGGACAAGUAUUUAGUCAACAUCCUGAUGUCUUUUAUUUAAUGGAACCUGCCUGGCACGUGUGGGUACAAAUGAAUCGAAACAGUGCAAAGGUCUUGAAAAUGGCUGUUAGGGAUCUCGUACGAUCCACAUUCUUGUGUGACAUGUCAGCAUUUGAUGCAUACAUGUCUGAAGACAGACUUGUAUCUCACUUAUUCCAAUGGGAAGUCAGCCGAGCCCUCUGCUCACCACCAAUGUGUAACCAUUAUGCAAGAACUGACCUCAGCAAUGAUUUAAUGUGUAAGAAACACUGCAAUAUGACCAAAUUCUUUAAAAUGGAAGAAGCCUGUAAAACCUACAGUCAUGUUGUGAUCAAAGAAGUGAGAUUCUUUGAGUUAAAGUCACUGUUUCCUCUCUUCACUGACCCCUUGCUGAAUCUCAAAAUCAUCCAUCUUGUUAGAGACCCAAGAGCUGUCCUUAAAUCUCGUGAAAAGUCACUUUAUGCACUGGUACGAGACAAUGGUAUUGUUUUAGGCACUGAAGGUAAACAAUUAGAAAAGGAAAAAGCAGAAGCUUCAAACUAUGAAGUCAUGAAAGAGAUUUGCAAAAGUCACAUACUGAUUCAUGAGCUUGCAAAUGAAGAAGCUCCUAAUCUCCUAAAACAACGCUAUAUGAUGGUGCGGUACGAAGAUGUAGUAAGAGAUCCACUUAAGGAGAUAUCAGCAAUGUAUAAAUUCGCUGGUUUAAAUCUGACUCCAAAACUUGAGUCUUGGGUAUAUAAUAUCACACAUGGAGAAGGAACUGGAUCAGCUUUCAAAAUAACAUCUAGAAAUGCCAGAAGCAUAUCGGAGGCAUGGAGGACUGAGAUGCCAUAUGAAAAGAUUUCAAAAAUACAGAAAAUCUGUGGAAAGGCUAUGGACAUGCUUGGAUAUGAACAAGUUCAAUCUGAAUAUGAACAGAAACUCUUAUCCCGGGACCUUCUCCUCCCACAGCGAAAAUAUAAGUUUAGCUGGUUGAGUUCUGAUGAGGAUGCCACGUAGUCAUGAACCAAAUUUAAGGCAUCCAAUAUAUUUUUUCAAUUUGUAUUUAUCUGUUAUUUCUGAUUUUAUUAACCUUUUGAAACUUGUAUGAAGUCCAGAACAAUUAUGAACUCCUUACAUGAACAUUUUUGAACAACUAAAUUGCAAAAUUGUAACUGGCUUUGGAAGUAGGGCAGGUGUUUCCAUAUUUAACUUUUGAGAUAAUUUAAAGUGGUCAUCAGGUGUAGCACUUAAUUUUAAGGUAAACAAGCGGAAGUAGGAUAAUUCACUUUUGGAAGGAUUAUAUAUCUGUUAAAGUCUAUUUAAUAUUGUUUCUUUAGAUUAAUGAAAAUAAUUUGUCUUUUUCAAAGUCUGAUUUUAACUUUGAUGUGAAGCAAACAACAAGUCUCAUCUGCGCUGCCUGAGUACUUCUAAUUUUAUGCAAUUGAAUUUUUGACUGGACCUCAUUUUUAAAAAUCACGGGCACAUAUGCUGUAAUAUUCUGUGUUUAAAAUAAAUAGGGCAUAAAACUUUGAGAAAUGCAUCAACAGCUUCCCAUUGUGUAUGUCUGGGUGGAAAAACUCAGUCUUUUAAUUGCAGGGUUGAGUUU